UGACGUCACUGCGUGCGACGCGGGGUGGAAACGGGGGCCGGUGGGGCCUGGGUAGCGGGAAGCCGGCACCAUGUUCGGCUCCAGCCGGGGUGGAGUGCGCGGUGGGCAGGAUCAGUUUAGCUGGGAGGAUGUGAAGACUGACAAACAGAGGGAGAACUACCUGGGCAACUCGCUGAUGGCCCCGGUGGGCCGCUGGCAGAAGGGCCGUGACCUCACCUGGUACGCCAAGGGCCGGGCGCACGGCGCGGGGUUGAGCCGGGAACAGGAGCUGGAGGCCGUGAGGCAGGCGGAGCAGGAAGCGCUUAUGGCAGCGUUAGGCUACAAGAACGUAAGGAAGCAGCCCACGGGCCUGAGCAAGGAGGACUUUGUCGAAGUCUGUAAGCGGGAAGGAAGUGACCCCGAGAAGGGAGUGGACCGGCUCCUGGGCCUGGGCAGCUCCAGUGGCUCUGCAGGGCGAGUGGCGCUGUCACGGGAAGACAAAGAGGCCGCUAAACUGGGGCUUUCGGUGUUCACGGGACCCUACUGGCUUUCUGGAUGGUUCUCAGGCCCGCACACCCCCAGAGUGGCUUUUCUUGGCAGCACCACCGCGUGGAGAGCAGUCGGCCAGGGGUCUCCCUGGCUUCGGCCAAGAGGAAGCCUCGGUCAGAGGAGAAGGUGGAGCCAGGCCCUGAGAGCCACAGGAAGAGCAAGAAAGAGAAGAAAAAGAAGAAAAAACACAAGAAAGAGAAGAGAAAGAAAGAAAAGGAGCAUGGGAGGGGGUCACAUUCCUCACUGUCCCCUUCUUCCAUCCAGCAUGAUCCCAACUCCUCGCCUUGUUGCAAGAGGAAGCGCCGGCAGGACAGCAACUGAGAUCCAGAGAUCUGAAGGGCUAGCCUAUGGGGAUCACCCCAGGCCUCGAAAGAGGCUUAACUGUGGCCUACUACGGCUGCUUUUAUUUUUCUUUGUAUUGACUCACUCUUUGUACGUAAAUAAACUUAUUUUAAGUGGAAAGUGUUUCAUACUAAAGGGAAGGUUGCUAUCAUAUGUCAUAAUAGAAAGUGAUGUGUGGGAGUUCCCGUCGUGGCGCAGUGGUUAACAAAUCCAACUAGGA